AUGUUAACAAUACUGCGCUCUUUUUUCUUCUUUCUUAUUCUUUUUUCUUUUGUAGAUACCUCAUUAAACGUACCUUCCCUCGGUGUUCCUGAAUUCCCAGCCAGAGAUGGUCCUCAACGACUUGCUGCUGCUGCUAUACCUCGACGUCGACAAAAAGUUCAGUUAGAGCCAGGACAUUCUCCUUUAGAUUGGGCUCGUUUGAAAUCUUCUGGACAAGAUUUGAGAGGUGUUCCUCAACUGGCAAGAUAUACUUUGGACGACUUGAAACAACAUAAAUCUAUGGACGACGCUUGGACAGCAAUUCAAGGCAAAAUAUACAACAUUACUCCUUAUAUGCAUUUUCAUCCUGGAGGUGUCAAGGACUUGAUGCGGAUUGCUGGUAGAGAUGGAACAAAACUAUUCAUGCUUACACAUUCUUGGGUAAAUGUCGAAUUCAUGUUAGAUGCCUGCUUGGUGGGAUUUUUGAUUCCUGGAGGUAACUAA